UUCAAUUUCUACGGAUUUGGUUUUCCAAAACUGUGAAAACUUGAAAAUAGCAAUGGUUCUUAUUUCUUUCUUUAUUUGAUAAUUAUAUAUAUAUAUAUAUAGUAUUUAGCCUAUUAAUUAAUAUUGCAGCAGUAUAACUUGUAACUAAACUUGCUUUGUCUUAAAUGGAAGUAAUCAGCCAAAACACCAUUACAAUAAUAACAUUUUGUCGUACAUGUGUGAUAAUUUAUGCAUAUGGAUCAAGUACUGAAUGAAAACAUUCAGCACUAUGCUGAAAGGGUUGAGAAUUAAAUAUUCUAAUUUGUAGAAUUAAAUUUUAUUAUUAAUAUAAUUAUGAUAAUAUAUUAUAGUCUUUAAGCACAUGUUUUCAUCCAGCACAUAAUCCCCACCUAUAAUUUAUAUUCCUGUACAGAUAUAUUUAAUAAGUAUAUCUCAAACCAUUUCUUUCUUAAUAUGUACUGAUUUCCUGUGCAUGUCCUGAAAUUAGUCUGAAAGUUCAUUGCCUGAUCCAUUGAUCAUGUCAAGUUUGGAGUCCCGAGUAAGGCUAUAUGGGUUUUGGUCAAGCUCUUAUGUGUAUAGAGUGAUAUGGGCACUGAAGCUGAAGGGUGUAGAGUAUGAGUACAUAGAAGAGGAUAUUAUGAACAAAAGUCAAGCCCUUCUGGAGUACAAUCCAGUCCACAAGAAGGUUCCGGUGCUCGUCCAUUGCGGAAAGCCGGUAGCCGAGUCAGCCGUGAUCCUUCAAUACAUCGAAGAAACAUGGCCGGAUCAUCACAAUCCAUUGCUACCUAUGGAUCCUUAUGGAAGGGCCGUGGCGCGUUUUUGGAUUGACUUUGGCCACCAAUUGAAGGACAUGUUCAUGGCAUUGGUUCUGUCUUCUGGAGAGGAUAAAGUAAAUGAAGUGGAGAAAAUGCUUAGAAGGAUUCAAGAUGAGGCAUUGGGAGAUAAGAAGUUCUUCAAUGGGGAUCGAAUUGGGCUGGUGGACUUAUGCUUCGGGUGGAUCGCUGGCCCAUGGCUCGAAUGCUCGCAGGAACUUGCAACAGAGGAGCAUGUUUUGGACAUGGAAACAUUGCCAACGUUGUGUCGAUGGAUUGCGGAUUUCAGACAGCAGCGGGUGAUCGAGGAAAACCUCCCCGAACGCGAGGCAAUGCUUGCAAUCAUCAAAAGGGUGAAAAAGAGAGGCUCAAAGCUUAACCCCUGAGUGCUAAAGUUGUUACAAAUCUGCAAGAAUUUCAGCAAGCCAUUCAACUGUUGAUGUGAUUAACUUUAGCUCUUCAUGAUGUGCAAUCCAAUGAACUGUUUGUUUGGUUAUGUUUUCACUAGGCUGAAUGGUUUGGUCUUUGUACAAAUAGUGAGACAGAGACACGAAAAGGUUGUGAGCAUGCAAUUAGAAUUUGGAUUUGGAUUUCUAAUAACAAAGUGGUCCAGUCCACCACUCACUUUCCAAUU